AUGACUCAGACAAGCCCUACGGACAAGACCCAAGGGGUCAUAGAUGUUGAAGCAUUGAAGAAAGAAAUUCGUGAGCAAAUUUUAUCCGAACUGAAGGAACAAAAACAAGAACAAAAGCCAGAGAGACCAAAGAGAAAACUUAGUGAAAAACAACUUGCUGCAUUAGCUGCUGGAAGACAAAAGAACCCAAGACUACUGGCGAAAAAGCUAGAG